AUGGCCUACCUACUCAAAUGUCUGGCCCUACUGUCGAGCUACGUCUCGUAUACCAGAGCGGUGACAGUGAUCUAUCCCGUUCCAUUCACUGUUCCUCGCGAUGCCGUUGAUCUUGACUCAACACCUGUCGGCGUCUCUUUUGAGUUUGACAUGAUAGCAACCUACAUGCUGAACAUGAGCCGCACCUGGAACUGCAUGGACCACAUGGACCAUUUUUAUGACUCAAAGGUACCCAUCCGCGUUGGCGGCACUACGCAGGAUAGAUGUGCCUUUGAUGCGGAGUUCGACGGAUAUUUCUAUCAGAACCCAGACAAUGAACUCGGCCAUUAUUUUGGACCAAAUUUAUUCAACCUGAUAAGUGGUCUAUUAAUUGGCAUUUCAGGGUUCAAUCGUGGUGAUGACAACAUAACCAAUACUUUGGAGGCAGUUAUGGCCGCCAAAUCAAGACUACACGAACUUCUAUGGGGUAUCGAGCUCGGAAAUGAGCCGGAUUUGUACUAUUCAGUAUGGAACAAGAGUGUCGCCACUGCGCCUUGGAACGAGACUCAGGAAGGUGAUAACCAAGCAGAAUGGUUCCAGGCUCUUCUUGAUAUGUGGGACGGCCCCGUUCCUAUUCUCUCGGGCGGAAAUUAUGCCGUACCUAUAGAGCUCGCCCCUGCCUAUCCGAACACCAACUAUUUGAUCAACACUGCCUUCAACUCGAGCGUUCAAGCAGGCGUCAAGAUGUACUGCACGCAUCUAUAUGCACUUUCUGCCCAGGACGCUUUGCUAUCUAGCGAGAUGAAUCAUGCCAAAACGGUUGCCGAUCUGUCCAAUUUUGUUGACAAGAUUGCGAAGGCCAAAACAGUUGGCCGCCCCUAUAUCAUCGGCGAGACAGGGUUCCAUGGCCUCGAGACAACCCAGGAUGCCACGUUCGGCGGCGCGCUUCAAAUCAUUGACAAAACUCUGCAUGCUCUCACAUUAGGCAUCGAGCGGCUUUAUUACCACCAAGGUGGUCUGGGAACCAAUCAGGCUUCCUUCAACUGGUGGCAUCUACAGAAGGUCGAGGCACCAUUCUACGGAGGCUAUUUCGCUACCUUGGCCAUCUCGGGAGGUGACAAGAUCAUUGAGAGUGAUCCUGGAAACGAUUCAUUUUCGCAAUACAUCAUUUACAGAAAUGGCAGCCCAUACAAGGCUGUUCUGAUCAACACUGAAUAUUAUUCAGGCAUUGGUCAUCGCAAUUCGACAACAUUUAAGUUAACUGGCUUGUCCUCCUCUGUUGUCAAAGGUCUCCGAAUGACUGCAUCAUCCAGCGAAACGACCAUAGAAACGAAUCAGAAGUUUAAGGGCCAACCAGUUAUCGGAGGACAAUACUUUUCCAAUGACAACUGCGCAAUCCUCGGUAAGCAGAAGUACGAACAUUUUAAGGUAUCGAAGGGCAAAGCAAAGAUUGUUUUAGCAGCAUCUGAAGCUAUGCUUAUAUAUUUAUAA